AUGGCAGGCAAGAAACGAGACAGCUCGGACAUCUCUUCGCCCUCCGAUACGUCCCCAACCACGCCGUCCAAAAAGGCCAAAGGCAAAGCAGCUACAUCAUCACCCGCCAAGGUCAAAUCCGAAUCGUCGAGCUCAGGAGACAGCGGAGAAGUGCAAGGGAAGAAGACUGGACCGUGGUUCGGCGAAGAGCUAAGGAUGCUUUACAGCAUCAUGUGUCCGAAAAGGACCGGGGUGAAAUGGGACGAAGUGGCCGCUCAGAUCCCUGGGAGAGAUGUGAAAUCAUGUACGAACAAGUGGGCCAGGGUCCAAGGCAAGAUCAUGGAAGCCAUCGAGGCGCUCGGCGAGUGA